AUGCCUAUGAAAGGAAGAUUCCCGAUCAGGAGGACGCUGCAGUAUCUCCAGCAAGGUGACAUCAUCUUUAAAAAGCGUGUGAAGAUCAUGACGGUCAAUUACAACACACACGGAGAGCUCAGCGACGGCGCGAGAAAAUUUGUCUUCUUCAAUAUUCCUCAAAUUCAGUACAAAAACCCGUGGGUCCAAGUAAUGAUGUUCAAAAACAUGACGCCGUCGCCCUUCUUGAGAUUCUACUUGGACGAUGGUGAACAGGUUCUGGUGGAUGUGGAAGGCAAAGACCACAAAGCCAUUUCACGACACGUAAAGACCAUUUUAGGCAAAUCCCAGACCGUGUUGGAGGAGGAAGCACGAGCCAAGAUGCAGGCCUCCAACCCAGCAAACUUUGGACCCAAAAAGUACUGCUUAAGGGAGUGCAUCUGCGAGGUGGAUGGCCAGGUGCCGUGUCCCAGUAACGUGCCACUACCCAAAGAAAUGACGGGCAAAUAUCGUUCCCAGAUGUUGGCACAGCAAGAAUGA